AUGCGUUGCGUUUCUCUCGUCGUUUUGGUUCUCAGCUCUCUGACGGUUCUCGUCUCGUCUUCGCCUGUCCCUGUUCCCGCCCCUGUUCCCGUACCCGUUGAGGCUGAGGUCGAUGCUCGUGACCCCGAACCCAACCCCGACCCAGCGGGGUGCCUCACCUCGCGAUUCACUUGCUACUAA